CGAGAGUGGGCCUCGGGGCGGCGGCGGCGGACGCGGCCUGAGGGAGCGGCCGGCUGCCGCGCGGGGCUCGCCUCGCCCGCGGCGGGAUCCAUGGCCUGAGCGGCCAUGUCCGGCGUGGUGCGGACCCUCAGCCGCUGCCUGCUGCCGGCCGAGGCCGGCGGGGCCCGCGAGCGCAGAGCGGCCGGCGGCGGGGCCCGCGACGCGGAGCGUGAGGCGCGACGGCGCAGCCGGGACAUCGACGCCGGGCUGGCUCGCGAGCGGCGCGCCGUGCGGCGCCUCGUCAAGAUCCUGCUGUUGGGCGCGGGCGAGAGCGGCAAGUCCACCUUCCUCAAGCAGAUGCGCAUCAUCCACGGCCGCGAGUUCGACCAGAAAGCGCUGCUCGAGUUCCGCGACACCAUCUUCGACAACAUCCUCAAGGGCUCUAAGGUCCUUGUUGAUGCACGAGACAAGCUCGGGAUCCCGUGGCAGUACUCCGAGAACGAGAAGCAUGCGAUGUUCCUCAUGGCCUUUGAGAACAAAGCAGGCCUGCCUGUGGAGCCCGCCACCUUCCAGCUGUACGUGCCUGCCCUGGGCGCGCUCUGGAGGGACUCAGGCAUCAGGGAAGCCUUCAGCCGGAGGAGCGAGUUUCAGCUGGGUGAAUCGGUGAAGUACUUUCUGGAUAACUUGGACCGGAUUGGUCAGCUGAACUACUUUCCUAGUAAGCAAGACAUUCUGCUGGCGAGGAAAGCCACCAAGGGCAUUGUGGAACAUGACUUUGUUAUUAAGAAAAUCCCCUUUAAGAUGGUGGACGUGGGUGGCCAGCGGUCUCAGCGCCAGAAGUGGUUCCAGUGCUUUGACGGGAUCACAUCGAUCCUGUUCAUGGUGUCCUCUAGUGAGUACGACCAGGUCCUCAUGGAGGACAGGCGCACCAACCGGCUGGUCGAGUCCAUGAACAUCUUCGAGACGAUCGUCAACAACAAGCUCUUCUUCAACGUCUCCAUCAUCCUCUUCCUCAACAAGAUGGACCUCCUGGUGGAGAAGGUGAAGACCGUCAGUAUCAAGAAGCACUUCCCCGAUUUCAAGGGCGACCCCCACCGGCUGGAGGACGUCCAGCGCUACCUGGUCCAGUGCUUCGACCGGAAGAGAAGAAACCGCAGCAAGCCGCUCUUCCACCACUUCACCACCGCCAUAGACACUGAGAACAUCCGCUUCGUGUUCCAUGCUGUGAAGGACACCAUCCUGCAGGACAACCUGAAGGACAUCAUGCUGCAGUGAGGCCUCCCCGCGGCCACUGCUCAGAGCUCCUACUGCACCGUCCCCCGGGCCUGAGCACCCGGGCCGCGGAUGCCGCCUGCGCCGCCGGCCACACCACCGCUUGGAGCUGAGGACAUGGACACUGAUGAGCUACUGAAGCCGGGGGCUGGUAAACUACUGAGUCCAAGUGAUCUCUUUGGUGUUGACCUGUAAGACCGCAUAACACGGCUUUCUUUUACAGAAACUUUAUUCCUUUUCUGACACAAUGUGUGUGUGUGUGUGUGCGCACGCUCGCACACCCUCUUAUGACAAACACAAACCAGCUGGCCUCGCAGACGGCUUUUCUCUCUAACUGGCAAGUCCUCAGUGAGACAGACUAACCCAAGCUUUGCCUAAUGGUAGCUUGUAGGAGGUCACGUGUGCACUCAUGCUGCUAACUCGGAGCCCCCCAGGGGGUCUCACUGCCACUUCCCAAAGUAAACGAGUUGCCUUUUAAAACUCCUGUGCCCGUUUCCUGAGAGGCCCCGAUCCAGGCAUGUCAGAUGAAGCCAGGGUUCCCAGCUUCAGAGGAUGGGAGCGGGAGCCCCACAGGCGUGGUCUUGCCUUAAUGCCCCCCAGCGUGCACUGUCCUUUCUGCCUUGUCAUGUUGCUCAGGAACAUAGCAUGGGCUGGAAAUGCGUGGAAACGGUGUACCACAGUGACUGUCCCCUCCCCCUGUGCACACGGCCCUGCCCUCGCUCCGCCCACUGGCGGAGCCGAAAACCGCCUGGCCAUGCAGGUGAUUUUUCCAUCUUACACGUCAUCUUCUCACACCUGCAGCUGGCUGCACCGGAAGUUGUAGAGAGCUUCCUGUUCCUCUUGGGCCUUGGAAAGCUGGUAAGGUCACCAGCAUGCCUUUUCGUUAACGCACAGCUGCUCGGGGCACCCCACAGCUGAGCUUUCCGGGAGCCCACAGACCCUGGAGGGACCUGGGUGUCCCCAAACUGCCAUGACCCUGAUGCCUUCAGCCAGCCAGUCCCUGUCAGCUUUCCUCUAGGUCCUUAUCAAGGGCUCUUUCUGGUCAUGCACACACAAGCACGCACUGGCAGGCGUGCCUCUCACUGGUGACACUGCAGGAGGCUGGGAGCUGGUGGCCCUGACGCUCAGGGCGCUGGUCCAGUCACCUGCCAGGUGUCACUGUGUAUAAAACGCAUUGCAUUCCAACUGGUCCCCGCUGUGUGUCACGCUACUAAAAAGUCUGUCUCAUGUAUUUAGGACUUUCCUUAGCAUUUAAAAGAAAAAGCUUCCUCUGUAGCUGGUACCAGAAUGUCACUGUGGUUUAAUCACACAUCCUAGGGCCUUUGUCCUAAGGCCACACUGUCCCCGCUCCUUUGCAUCUCUUGGCUCAUUAUCAGCAAGCCGGAAAAACUUGCAUGUUGUGGCAGAUGCUGACCCAGAAGGACAGGGAGGAGGCAACCUGCUCCGGAGUCACCUUGUGGUCCCAUGGUUUUAAGGAGAAGACAGCAUGAAAAUCGCUUUUGGUGCUCAGGCUGUGUGGCGGUGUUCGCGGGGGUUUUAGCCCUUUCUUUGGUUGGAAAAAGUUGUUUUUGUAAUGCUUCCUGUGGCUCUUCAUAAACCGAAAGGCUGUGACCCAGGACCCAUGCCGGCGACGUGGCUUAAAGGGAAGCGAACACUCGAUGGGCUUCAUGGGGCGGGAGGUGACUGGGAGCGCCCCUUACCAGGCGCUGUGCUGGGCUCAGAGAUUUGUCAGGAGCCAGGCCACGCCUCACCAGCGGGUAGGUGUUCUUCAUGGUUCAGGCGGGGCCGCCGCCGUCGGGUUGGUGGCACUAACGGAUGGCAGUGUUUGAACUGCCCUCCCGACCCCGUCAGUGAGUGCUUUUUUCCUUUAAACAGUUUGAUACAUUUGCUGGUUCACGUUCACGUACGUAAUGAGAGCUUGUGACUGUUGAGCAGGGGCCCCUGACCAGCUCCGCUGGGCCAGGCCCAGGAGAGAGGUGUCACAGGCGCCCAGCUCGGAGGGCUGCGAUCGUCAUAACCAGAGAAGAAGGUAGCUAUUUACAAGGCUAAACUAAAACCAUUUGCAAUUUUUCUACACAUAGAGCCUAGUCAUUUUUGUCUCCAAACCUUAGCUUUUGUAAUUUUGUAUUUUAAUUUCACUGUUAUCCUUGAUUAUUGUCUUUUUUAUUGAAUGUUGGAGAAACAGGAGAUAGUUUUGCCUCAUCUAUUACUGCAAAAAAAUGUAACAAUAAAUUUCCUCAAAAUACGA